GAACAACGGCCCAGACCCUUGGUUGGCGGCCCUGCAAGGUGACAUGGCUGCGUUCCAGUGACGUCGUCGAGGUUGCUUUCAAUCGUUCCAAGCCAACACCAAGUCUGGCAAAACCGGGGAGCAUCACCCACCACCCAGUGAUCACUUAAAAGCGUUUUGCAAAACUGCAUUGGACGACUUCGUGACAUAGCAUACUCUCGUAUCGCUGACACAAUUUCAAGGCCUUGCUGCAGUCAUGACCGUCUCUCAGAGCUCGGACAGGUUUAGGGACAGGGACAAGCACUCCCAAUCCAACUUUGACGUCGACUAUGUAAUUGACUACACUAUCCCCCCAAACGAAUCCGCCGAAGCAGAGGCCUCCUUCACCCAACUGAUUGACGCUCUCUCUUCCGGGGGCUUCGCAACCGAGGUUCGCCCAGGCCGCACGUCCUCAUCCCUCCUCAUCUUCGUCAAGCUCGCCUCCCAAUCCCUCCUGCAAUCGCAAAUCUACCGCGCCCGCGUCCAGGAUUGGCUUUACGGCGUGCGGCCCGAUGCGCCCCCGGCGCCGUCCCCGUCCGCUGGCGAUGACAGCGACAAUGGCGACAACAUGGCGCGCUACUUUGCCGACGACGAACCCGUGACCGAGGCCGAGCGGCUGCGGCUCGCCUACAUGCUCAUAACGCUGCCGCGGAACGAGGGCGGCGCCGGGGUCACGCAGGGGACCGGCCAAUGGCGGUUCGUGAAGCGCGUCUUCCCGCUGCAUGAUCGAGCGUUCAACAAGCAAUGGAUUGCGGACUGGAGCAAAAAGUAUAACCUGGACGAGGGGGACAUUGGGCGGAUCCGGGACCGGUUCGGCGAGAGGGUCGCUUUCUACUUUGCCUUUCUGCAGUCGUACUUUGCCUUCCUGCUAUUUCCGGCCGCGUUUGGCUUCGCCGCGUGGCUGCUGCUCGGGCCCUUCUCGUGGUUGUAUGCAGUGGUGAAUUGUUUGUGGGCCGUUGUGUUCUUUGAACACUGGAAGAUGAAGGAGGUUGAUUUGGCGGUUCAGUGGGGGGUCAGGGGCGUGAGCAAGAUCCAGCAUCCCAGGCCGCAGUUCAAGUUCGAGAGGGAGGGGGUGGAUCCUGUGACGGGGGAGGUCGUCAAGGUCUAUUCUCCUUAUAAGAGGCUGGCAAAGCAGUUGCUGCAGGUGCCGUUUGCCGCCGCCUGCGUGGCGGCGCUGGGCAGCGUGAUCGCGAGCUGCUUUGCCAUUGAGAUUUUCAUCACCGAGGUGUACAACGGGCCGUUUAAGCAGUACCUGACAUUCCUGCCGACUAUCCUUCUCACCGUCUUCAAUCCUACCCUGACGACUCUGCUCACCCGUCUUGCGGAGAAGCUGACUGAGCUGGAAAACUACGACACUCAUGACGCACACCAAGCGUCCUUUGUACGAAAGGUCUUCGUCAUCAACUUCAUCACCUCAUAUCUGGGUAUAUUUCUGACGGCCUUCGUCUACGUACCCUUCGGAAAGAUCCUCGUCCCCUAUCUCGACGUGUUUCAGCUUACCGCCCAGCGAUUCACGGCCGAAGGAAAGCCUCUGCCGACCAAGAGCUGGCAGAUCAACCCUGAUAGACUCAGCAAGCAGGUCAUGUACUUCACUGUGACAGCACAGAUUAUCAACUUCGCCACUGAGUUCAUCGUGCCCCAUGCAAAGCGCAAGGUGUUCAAGACAGUCGAGAAGGUGCAGUCCGAGCUCUCCGAGAAGAGCACAGAGCACCAUCGCAAAGACCACCCUGAAGAAGCCGACUUCCUCGAGCGGGUCCGCGACGAGGCCGAACUGGACGAGUACGACGUCACCAUCGACUACCGCGAGAUGGUAGUCCAAUUCGGCUACCUCUCCCUGUUCUCCGUCGUCUGGCCCCUGACAGCCUGCUCCUUCCUGGUCAACAACUGGGUCGAAGCUCGCUCCGACGCCAUGAAGAUCGCCACCAACUGCCAGCGGCCCAUCCCCUGGCGCGCCGACUCCAUCGGGCCCUGGCUCGACGCGCUGGGCUUUCUGUCGUGGCUGGGCAGCGUCACCAGCGCCGCGCUGGUGUUCUUGUACCACAGUACCAGCAACGGCGCGCCCGACGGCUCGCCGUGGGAUAUCAAGGGCUGGGCGCUGCUCUUGGCGAUACUGUUCUCCGAGCAUGUGUAUUUGGUGGUGCAGUUGGUGGUCAGGGGCCUGGUUCGCAAGCUGGAUUCGCCGGGCUUGCAGAAGGAGCGGAGGGAGCGGUUUGCCAUGCGCAAGAGGCUGUUUGAGAGGAUGGCGAAGAGGGAUGUGAGUGCGGCUGUCGGCGGCCCGGGGGUCAGUGGGGGAGAGAAAAUUACGAGAGAGGCGUUGGAGGACGAGGCGAGGAGAUUGAGUGUUGCCGGGGAAGGGACUCCGGAGAAGAUGUUCUGGCUGCGGCAGAGAGGCGCGAGUGAAACAAUUCAAGUCGGUAAGGCUCUUAUUUCUGAGAUGACUGCCAACAAGACGAAGGCGAGCAAGGACUAGGAGCAGCCCAUCUCUUCACCGUCUCGCAAGAGACUCGCAAGAGUCCAAAGAUUAAUGGGUGAGAUACACGAGGAGCGAAUUUGAAGCGAUGGGCCGGUUGCAGGGAGGAAGUGUGCUGUAGGCUGAUUCAAGCUGGGGUUGCUCUAGCUCGUCAUAGGAAAGGAGUCGAUGCAUGACCAUCGACGUUAAUUUCAAAAUAUUUUUCGUCGCCGGAUGCUACCUUUUAUGUAUGGACAGCGACAGUCGAACCUGGGUUUCAAGGAGGCAAACGUUGGGUAUUCAGCCUACAGGGAGCGAGGGAUCGUGUAUUUGAUCUUUUGAUGGACUGGAUGUUAGCUGCCGGGCCUCACGAACAAAUCGUGCACUGAUGCGCCGUAAUGAGUC